UGGCUUUCGCCAUGAAAUAUGAAGCAGCAGUAAUGAAAAGACAAACAGAUGCAGAUUAGGUAGAUUAAAGAAGAGAAACCCUAAUUACCAUCGAAUCCCCAAAAUCGAUCAAUCAAACCCUCAAUAAAAAAAUUAGAGAUCGGAAUCAAUCGAAUUCAUCGAAACCGGUCUCAAUUUUGAGGAUUUGAUUGAAAUUUGGUGCUGUAUAAACAAGAAAUCAGUGGUUGGAGUAGAUAGAUAGAUAUAUAGAGAGAGAGAAGGAGAGAUUUUUUUUUUUAGUUUUGAUUAGGAGGAAAGAACACUAUGUCUGCAAUAGUGUGCGGGAAGAGAUCUUUCUUUGAAGAAUUGACAGUUACUAGCCCGCCUGUGUCAAAAAGAAUCCGUUGUUCUUCUUCUUCUCCUGUUCGUUUCUCUCCUCCCAGAUCGAAUACCAUUGCUUCCAACCCGGCCUCCUUUAAUUUCUCUUCUUCUUCUUCCUCUUCUUCGGCUUUUGUCGAACAGCUCGCCGCCAUUUUCCCUGAUAUGGACAAGCAGCUUCUUGAGAAAGCGCUUGAAGAAUGUGGCGACGAUUUGGAUUUAGCUAUCAGAAGUUUGAAUGAGCUUCGUUUAGCAUCUGUUGAAAAUUUCAGCGCAGCUGCAGUUAAGUCUGAUGUAAUGGACAAGGCUAAUGUUCCACCACAAGGGUUGGCACCGACAGAUGCUGAGGCUCCUACUGAAGAUCCAUCAGCAUCAGCACUCCUAUCAAUGGAUGGUAUGGAGUGGGUAGAGCUCUUUGUUAGAGAAAUGAUGAGUGCCUCCAAUAUUGAUGAUGCCAGAGCACGUGCUUCAAGAGCACUAGAAGCUCUUGAGAAGUCCAUUUGUACGCGUGCAGGAGCAGAGGCAGCCAAAAGCUUUCACCAGGAAAACAUGAUGUUGAAGGAACAAAUGCAAGCAUUGAUUCAGGAAAAUACAAUUCUCAAGCGGGCUGUAUCUAUUCAGCAUGAGCGUCAAAAAGAGUUUGAAGAAAGUAGCCAGGAGUUGCAGCAGCUGAAGCAAUUGGUGUCCCAAUACCAGGACCAGUUGAGAACCUUGGAGGUAAACAACUAUGCAUUGACGUUGCAUCUGAAGCAGGCUCAACAAAGCAGCUCCAUCCCAGGACGUUUCCACCCUGAUGUCUUCUAAUAAACUUCUAUGGCUCUAUGGAUAAAAUAUAAGCAAGUAGGCCUGGAUCUCAAGGCAGUCCUAGUAUGAGCUAUCAUAUGGAGCUUGACUGCACGUUUUUUUUUCUUUACAUGUCCAAAGGGUACGCCAUGAUCAAAAGACAAAUGUAGCUUGAAAGUCAUGGAGUUAUCCGUCCUUGGAAUGAAUUAUGUCAGGCAGAAAUGCUUGUGGUUUUAUAUUGCAUGACCAGAUUUAUCAAUAAUAAUUUUUAUAUAUA